AUGAGUGGUAAGAGGAAAUCCGAGGCGUUCUCGGCAGCUGCUAAUCACUGGAGGAAGAAAAAGGUGCAAAGAAUCCAAGAGGGUGAUGAUAUUGGCGCAACCAGAGUACAGCAGAAGGUGCAGGACCAGGAGAAAGAGGAGCAGGAGAAAGAGGAGCAGGAGGAGGGUAGGGGUGACGGUAAGGGUGACGGUGAGGAAACAGGAAUUAGCUAUGCUUCGCCAAUAAAGUUACUAUAUAAUCCGAGUUACCCAGAGCAAGACUUGUUGCGAGUCAACAAAGAUACAGUGAGAUUUGCCGAAUUGGUAGGGUCACCAGAUCUUGAAGAGACUUUCCAGUUCAACUUCAGUGUUGAUCUACCAUUCUUUCUUACUUUUCUUGACCCUAGCUUUAUAACUAAGCGAAAGAAGAUAGUUUUUAUUACUGGGAGUCGUUUGUUGGAUCCCGAUGAUUUUGAAGAAACUGAACAAAUCAAGCUGCACUUUAACAUAUCUGAGGUGAUUGCACAUCUACCAACAAGGUUUGGAUGUCAUCAUACGAAAAUGAUGGUGAAUUUUUUUUCAAAUGAUACUGUUGAAAUAGUUAUUAUGUCCUGUAAUAUUACAAGGCUAGAUCUCGGUGGGCUAACUCAAAUGAUCUGGAGAUCUGGAAGGCUAAUGAAGGGCAAUACUGAGAGUUUAGACACCAACUCUCUAAAUUUUCGUACUGGUUUCCUUGACUAUCUUUACAAAUAUAAGAAAGCUCAAGUGGAUGAACUUGCUCGUCGAUUAGCGAUGUACAACUUUCUGGGAAUUGAUGUGGAAUUGGUUGCUUCUGCACCUGGUGAAUACAACUUGAAUGAUGAUAUUGCUUAUGGGUAUGGUAGUUUAAUGAAGGCAUUGGCACGUAAUGAUUUAUUGUUGGACAACCUGGAAGGAGGAGGAGAGGAUGGAGAGGGAGGAGAGGGAGGAGAGGGAGGAGAGGGAGGAGAAAGAAUUCACUACAACUUACUAGCACAGGUCUCUUCGAUUUCGUAUCCUUUCUCCACCGAAAAAUGGAAGACAGCAGGAAUUUUUAGUCAUUUGCUCUGUCCUAUGGUAUUUUCCAAGAACAAGAAGUUCACAUUGUUGAGUCCAGGCAAAGAUAGCAUUUUAGAGCAUCAAAAGCAACAUAACUAUACUCCGCAUAUCAUAUUUCCAACAGUGGAUGAGGUUGCUGCUAGCACUGUUGGAUUUGCGUCUGGAGGCGCCAUUCAUUUUGAUUAUACAAAAUCGUUUGUGCAUGAAAACUAUUUCAAUCAAGCAGUCAAACCCUACUUGAGAAAAUGGAAUUCUAGCCACGGAGAGCUAGUAACAGGUAGAGAACAAGUUAUGCCCCACGUUAAAAUUUACAUGUGUGACAAUGGUGACGAAUGGAAAUCCAUCAAAUGGUGCUACAUGGGAAGCCACAAUCUCUCAAAACAAGCUUGGGGAAGCAAAAAGCUGUAUAAAUUUAUUGAUAAUAAUCCUGAUCAUUACGAAGUGAAUAGCUAUGAACUAGGUGUUCUUAUUACACCAAAAAGGGGCACUUCUUUGGUCCCGUGCUAUUUGCAAGACCAAACAACGCCGAAGAAGAGAUGUACUUUUAUAAGAUGUCCUUUCAAAUUGCCACCUGUGUCUUAUUCACGUUAUGAUUUACCUUGGAGCUUGCAUGUGGGGUAUGGCAACAAAAAAGAUCUGAAGGGGCUUAUUUACAACAUCUGA